AUGCAAAAUACCAAAUACAAAGCAAGAAUUUAUUCACGAUCAACGAACUGUGAGAAAAUUUGUUUUUGGGAAAAAAAAGACGUUACUGAAACAAAUAAUUUAAAAGCCAAAGAAGAAAGAAAAAUUAAGAUCAAGGCGUAUGCAAAUCAGCUUCAUUUUAAGUUUGAAGUAGACAAUGAUAACAUUGAAAACUUUGAGCGAGAUAGUAUUUCUUAUUCAUCUGAGACUGAGAUGUCAGCAGAGCUUGAGAAUUUGACAGAAAAACAAGAAGCUAAUUCGAAGCUUCCAUCAACAUCAGGUUGCAGUACAAGCCAGCAAGUGAGAUUGCCUAUUUCCAACCUAGCUCGACCUCGUGUAAACUAUGGAGCUAUAGAAAAAAUGUUGGAGUCUUGCGAAAAAUUGCCCAUUGUAAAUUUUGUUCUUAUUGUUAGCCCUUUACCAGAAUUAGACGCUGCAGCUAUUAGGAAUUUUAGCACUGAUCAAAAGUACUUGUAUGAAAUGUGUCACCCAAUUUCUAUACGAAACUGUUUAUUAGAUCUAGCAGCUCGUAAUCCAGGUAAAUUAUCACAGGCUACAAAGGCAAACCGUAUAUUUCGUCUUUACAUCGGAAAUAAAUGUCCGUCUACAAAUUUAAGAACAAUCGCUAAAUUUGUGGUAAAACUUUAUGCGCCAGUGUGGUUUGACAUUAAAAGAAACCCAUUGUGUAGUGAUGGAGAAAGACACGUCUUCAGAAUAAUACAGUUGUCGCGCUACUUGAACAACGAAUUGAAGGCAGUCAUCGAUUCUGAAAUGCUUAUUUUUGUCAUCCGGAGAACCUUCUACUAG